UCAGUGUGAACAAACCACUCCCAGAGAACUGGCUCAUCCUGGAGGUUGGAGUAUGUAGAGAGGAGCAGAGGGACGUGAGUCAUUGUACAGAUGGAUGUCCUUACUCCUACAGUAUGACCGUCAACCGCUGUACUACACACGGCGGGAUAUGCAGGAGGAUAUGGAAGGAGGGGAAGUGUGUGCUGCAUCCGCCUGACACUCUCCCCAACACAGCAGGGGUAUCACACACACUACAUUACGGCGUUGUCCAUGAUGCCGCCAGGAAGAAGAUUGUCUUCAUUGAUGUGAAGGAGAAGAAAGUCAUGUCAACGUUAGACAAUGUAGACUGUAGUAAACCACUGUGGCCGAUGUUCGGGGUGUAUAACCCAGAGUGGAUCACUGUCAGCAUGAGACUUGUAGUUGGCAGCGACAUCAACAUGACGGAGGAGAAGAAAGCGAUGAUUGUCAAGGCGCUGUCGUGAUGGUGACAGUGAUGGUGAUUUGAACUCACAGACACUCGAAUUAAAUUCUACCAAGGAACACUUCAUAACUUGAUAAUAUCUUCUCUAUGAAAAAAAAGACGUUUCCAAUGAUCACGUACAUUGCAGCGCCAUGUAUUUACAUACACCUCUGUCAAAGUGUACUAUACUCCUCACACAAAAUAAAGCAACAAGUAGUUUCAGUGUAAUAUCUUUAUCAAUCUCGAUAGCGAUUUUUGCCGGUAUGUUACUGGAAGGUAAAUAUUCAAAGAAUACAUAACCUUUAGUGACUGUCAAAUUAAUUUAUCUGAUAACAUUGAUAACAUCACCUAAACACAACCACCCUCAGAAACAACAUGAAAAAUGUGUGGCAUGAUUGUGCUCCACAUUUCACACAUGCAGUCUGGUCGGUUAAAACCUACCUGAAAAUCAUUCCUCUGGAACAACAAGCAGGUCCUAACUUCAUUUUUAUGGAUAAUAAUGCCUGUCCAUGGAUGAUAAUGCCCCAUAAAUUGGUGUUGCUUUAUGUUUGUGAGGAGUAUAUUUACACAACACAAAGCCAGUAGUAGCUUGCAAUGUACUGCCCUAAUGAGGAAGAACAUCCAGCACAUAUAAUUAUGAAAUAAUACGACAUGCAGGAAUAUGUGUGCGUGUUGAGCAUAGUUAAAACAAUUAAAAAAAUACUAGAAAAUGUUUUCUUGUUAAUUCCGUAUAUCUAUCAGAAAUUUCGCGUAAAUAAAGUGAUGCAAGCACGUAUUGCAAUGUUCA